AUGGAAGAAGAGGAUUAUUAUCCAAAAAUGAAAGAAUUAAUAAAAAUGGUCACAUCAACCUUUUAUGAGCCAAGACAUAUAGUAAUAGUAGAUAUUUUACUUGAAGAGAUGGUGAUGAGUGAAAGUGAAAUAUGUUCAAAGAUGCAUUUUCUAUCAAGAGAAUUUAAUAGAAUGCUACAAAGACUAAAAGAUGAUAAAAUUAUUAGAUGUGAUUCUAAAAUAGAAAUACAAGGAGAUGGAAGACAGUUCAUUAAAACCUACUAUUAUAUUGAUUUUGCAGAGGUAAGAGAUAUUAUUAAAUACAAAAUAUAUAAAAUGUCUAAGUUGUUAGAAUCUCAAAACAUAGAAGGAGAGGAUAAAUUUGUAUGUAAAGGAUGUAAUAAAAUCUACACCGCAUUAGAUGCACAACUAUGUAUGGAGAAAACAGAAUUUAUUUGUUAUUAUUGUAAAGAAGAAUUAGAAGAGUAUAAACUUACAGAAGAUAAGUAUAAUAUUGAUCAUAAACAAUUGAUGGAUAAUUUAGAACCAGUAAUUAAUUUAUUAAAGAAAGUAUCUCAUUAUUCAAUACCACCAGUAAACAUGUUUGAUUUAGAGAAGAUUAAAACAAAGAAACAACCAGAAAAGAUUGUUAUUAAAGAAACACCUAAAGAAGAGAAGAAAGAGUCAGAAUUUAUUCAAAAUACAGAAGAUUCUGUUGAAUCUAAAAAGAAAGAAAAUUCAGUUAAAAAUGAUAUUCUUUUAUCUGUUAAUGGAAUUCCUAAAUUUUAUUCUGAAAUAACUCAAGAAGAUCACGAUAAAAUGACAGCAGAAGAAUACACCGCUUUCUAUGAAGCUUUUACUCAAAAUUCCUAA